AUGGGCAAUUUACAACAGCAGUGUCGCGGAACUGGAACUACUGAACUUGAAUUGAAUCGUAAAGAUGCAAUUUAUGUUCCAAAUGAAACUCUGACGGGUACAGUUAGUUAUUUAAAACAUGCCGAAGCGUUUGUUGUCUUAACUGGCGUAAUUUAUUUUAAAAAACGAAAAAAGGCGGGCCUGGAAAAAUGUGAAGUGACAUUUUUCACCGUCGAAUAUCCUCUCAAACCGAAUCAUUCGAAAAGCCAACAGUUUCAAUUACAACUGGACGAUCGACUUCCGCCGUCAUUCAAUGAGCCCGAAACUUAUCCAAGCAUUUCGUAUACAGUGAGACUCGUCUAUAAGAAAGCGAAAGAACAAAUUCAUUCGUCGAUUCCGAUACGCGUUUGUCCUCACGUACAAAUCGAUCGACCUUUACUUCUAACACCGCUUUUUUUCGGUCCCAUCGAGAAUCAUCAAACGGGCAUUAAACUUGACGUUAAAGUCAAUCGUGCCAUAUUUACAUUCGACGACAUCAUCCAAAUCUUCUACGAACUUCAAAAUCCCAACCAAGAGUUUAUACACAAAACAGAAAUCAGUCUCGGGAUUUACUAUACAAUUGAAUCGAAUGUCUCACAAGAGGAUAUUUGCAUUGGCUUUGAGAGCUUUGAAAAUACAGCAUUGGACAACAAAUUGAUACGAAAUAAAGCUCUGUUGAAUAUUCCCGAGAAGAUCUAUUUACCUCCAACGUAUAAAUUUCAAUACGGACGUGACGGUGAACGCUCAUCGUUUAAUCUGACGAUUGAUUAUAAGAUACAAUUUCGAAUCUAUUUCGGUAAUGAACACACCAUGUGGCAAGUGGACAUUCCUAUUAUUUUAUGCAAUGAAACAAUACAACCACGAGAUAAUGAAAUGCCAGUGGAAUCAAAGGAAACAAUCUCAAAUGAUGCUAAUAUAACAAACAAAAUAGUUUCCUGA